CCUCCCCCGCCUCAUCAGGCAGCACCUCAACCACAAUCAUCUAAUACGCCAGUGUUUGAACUCAGAGACGAUGUCAGGGGCGUUGCCGCCCAGAAGGCAAGUGCCUAGGGCGGCCAGACGUAGUCGACCAAACGCCUGGUACUCGUCGCUAGCUAGGAUUGCCUUUGAGCGACAAGCCCUCAGGGGCAUGCAGCCACAAAACCCUCCUCAUACCGCACCAAGAGGCGACACGUUCAAUUUCCUAGCGCUUCCGCGCGAGCUCAGGGACAAGAUAUACAGCUAUAUCGUAGGAAAGAAUGCCGACUUCCCAAGGGACAUAUACGAUUCCGUGAAGCCGCAGGCCUGCUACGAACUUCAAUCCCCAGAGAGUCCUCGUCAGAUUUAGUCGACCGCAAUCCUACUAGUCAGCCGACAGCUCUUUGGGGAGGCCACUGACACUAUAUAUCAUGAAAUAAAGUUUCGCAUCGCGGUAGAUGUCGACUCACCU